GUGGCACGUCAGUUGGUGGCUGGUUGGAGUUAUUGGCGCACAGUCGGCGCACGUUGGCAUCAGGCGCAUUCUCCAACCAACAUUUCUCGUCGACAGUUGUCAAGUUGUUUGAGAGAACCGACAAAACUUGCAAGAUGAAUAAAAUUAUUUUCUUGUGCGCGUUAACGGGUAUAAUUUCGGCUGCUCUCGCCGAGACCUGUCAGAAGCCCGAGAUCGUCGCUUCGUCAUAUGUGACGGAGGACGCGACGGUCCUCACGAACGUCGCCUUUACCAUGCAAUUCGUGUUGAAGUGCAGCAACGGUGUAAAGGGAAUCAGUUUGUACGCCGAAGUCGAGGGCAAGACGUUGCCGGCCGUCAGAUUGAGCGCCGAUAAUAAAUAUCAGAUAUCUUGGACGGAAGACAUUAAGAAGGCAAGAUCCGGCGAUUAUUAUAUAAAACUGUAUGACGAGGAAAAAUACGUCGCUGUACGUAAAGCGAUAAGAAAUGGAGAGGAUCCCGAUAGCGUGAAUCCCUUGGCGGUGGUCGUUCUCAACAAUCCCGGUGUUUUCCUCGGUCCCUGGGUAAACUCGGAAUUCUUAGCUGCUGCUUUAGCUAUUCUUGUGUCCUACUCGGCAUUUUCCGCAAAGUACAAACUUCUAGCGUAGAAAACUCUUUUGUUACUAAAAAAAUAAACGUUUAAACAAAGUA